GUACCAAAUAAUGGGAGACCUCUUCAUCAUUGCCUCAAAUACUCUCCGAAAUCUUUAGUUCUGUACCAGAGAUGAGAGAGAGAUCUGGGAAGCCAAGCCAACUGCUUGACUGACUGCCUGGGUCAAUUUUAUCAGCUUGUCACCUUCUCUUAGCCAACCUCCUCUUUUUUUAUAUCAUGCUGCACAGAGCAUUUAUCAUCGUAAUCAUAUCCCACAAAGCCACAGAGACUGGGAGACAGUGAGAGAGAGAGAGUGGUAUCAGAGUCAUCAAACCCAUUAAAACUGAUAUGCCUUUAAAUUGCUCAAGCUUGGCUACCAAAUUCCCACAUACCUUGGGAGGACUAAAAACUACUGCUACAACAACAACAAUCCAUGUAGGAAGAGGAGGUUUUUUUAACUUGAUUAAUAAAACCCAUCAAAACAAUUCUCUCUACAUUGCUUCCCUUUCUUUAAACAAGAGAAACAGCAGCCAAAGAUACUGUCUUUCUUCUUCUUCUUCUUCUUUUGUAAUGGAGGACACUAAAGACAUGGGCUUUUCUACUCUAGAACCUGGAAAGUAUUCAAAUGAAUUGGAUAUUGCUGUAAGGGCUGUGCAGAUGGCUUGUUUUCUUUGUCAGAAAGUGCAGGAAAGUUUGAUUUCUAAAACUACUAGUCAGGUACAAGCCAAGGAUGACAAUUCUCCAGUUACUAUUGCAGAUUGGAGCGUCCAAGCUACUGUCAGCUGGAUACUGUCUGAGACCUUAGGGAGUAGGAAUGUGGCGAUUAUUGCCGAGGAAGAUGUUCAGAAUCUCUCCAAAGCUGAUUCAGCUGGCCUAUUAGAAGCUGUAGUUCAGACUGUGAAUGAUUGUCUAGCUGAAGCACCUCGUUUUGGUCUUAAAGCUCCAGGAACAUCCCUUGGCAGUUCAGAGGUUCUUGAAGCAAUCAGUCGUUGCAACUCAACAGGGGGCCCUAAUGGAAGGUUUUGGGCACUUGACCCUGUUGAUGGUACAUUGGGAUUUGUUCGUGGAGAUCAAUAUGCUGUUGCUUUAGCUUUGAUAGAGGAUGGCGAAGUUGUUCUUGGAGUUCUCGGUUGCCCCAACUACCCAAUGAGGAAAGAAUGGCUCAGUUAUCACCAUCGCUAUCAUAGAAUUAUUUCUAAGUUGACCCCACCAACAUCAGAAUCUUGGGAUAAAGGCUGUGUGAUUUAUACAAGAAGAGGCAGUGGUGAAGCCUGGAUGCAACCUCUAAUACAAGGACAUAAGAAGCUAGUGUGGCCAAACUCUGCAACGCCAGUCAAAGUAUCCACUAUUGAAAAUCCAGCACUGGCAACCUUCUGUGAACCAGUUGAGAAGGCAAAUUCAAGCCACUCCUUCACAGCAGGACUAGCUCACAGCGUUGGGCUUAGGAAACAACCAUUGCGAGUGUACAGUAUGGUGAAAUAUGCCGCGAUAGCUCGUGGAGAUGCUGAGAUUUUCAUGAAGUUCGCCAGGGCUGGCUACAAGGAGAAGAUUUGGGAUCAUGCAGCCGGUGUUAUUAUCAUUCAAGAGGCCGGUGGUGUGGUUACUGAUGCUGGAGGACGUCCACUGGACUUCUCAAAAGGUAUGUACUUGGAAGGUCUUGAUCGGGGAAUAAUUGCUUGUGCUGGAGCCAAAUUACAUGAAAAGAUUAUCAGGGCUGUGGAUGCUAGCUGGAACUCCUCUAGUUUGUAAGGCUUUUGUUGCAUAUGAUAUAAAUACAUGCAAAUAAGGUUACUAGACAGGAUGGGGAAAUGAUUGGUUUAUUAACAUUCCUAUUCUUGUUAUAUAAAGGAUCAUAGAGACCAGCUAGCAUCUGUAACGCCCUUGUGAGGUUCUGUUCUGUAUGCAGACUGUAGGGUAAAAAACAAAAACCUCCAUUGUAAAGAAUGCUUUCAAAUCUAUGCUCCCGUCAGCAAUUUGCAAGAAUAUAAAUAAAUGAUGGUGUUCAAGUUC